GGGCCCUGGCCGCUGCCUCUCCUGCGACGCUGGUGCCUACCGCGGUGUCACCUUGGUUCUCCAGAGUGCGGCGCUGUGCCCGCUUGUAUCCCGAAGAAGAGAAGAGUCGCUUAGUGCGCUGACAGCGCGGUUCAGCCCGUGGAGCCCGGCAGCAUUCAUUGAAUCUGCGGCUUUCAUGAAGUCUCCCUACAAGGUCCUUCACUUUGCUCCUAAACGUGGAUUUUUUUUUCUUCCCCCUGCCAUUCUAGUCUCCCCGCCUCUUCCUUGCAGCCGGACUCCCUCCUCCGGUCCCUGCCCACACGCGCACUCCUCUGCCCCGCGUUGGCCCCAGCGCCCAGCCCUCCAGCCAGAGGGAGCCAGUCACCAGACGGCAGCACCUGGCUGGAGAGGUUGGGCGGGCCGCGAGGGUGGGGAUCCGCGGGAACCGGCGAGCCGGGAGCUGGAGCAGAAGCUGGACCAAGCGCGAGCAGGAGAAUGGAGUCUCCCGACAGCCUGCCGAGGCUGAUGUGAAAUUGGACCAUCUGCUUCCAGUUGGUUCUGUUUCCUCUUCUUCUUGUAUUUUCUUCCCUCGCCAUCCACAGUGGAGUGAAUUAUCAGAUCUUGCUCCGCUCCCAGAAAGACGACCACCAUGGAGUGAGCCCACCCUGUCCGCCACAAGGAAAAGCACAGAGAAGACAUGACGAUGGCCAAGUUAACUGAAUCCAUGACGAAUGUCCUGGAAGGCGAUUCCAUGGACCAGGACGUGGAAAGCCCAGUGGCCAUUCACCAGCCAAAGUUGCCUAAGCAGGCCAGGGACGACCUUCCGAGACACAUCAGCCGAGACAGGACAAAGAGGAAAAUCCAGAGGUAUGUGAGGAAGGAUGGGAAGUGCAACGUCCACCAUGGCAAUGUGAGGGAGACCUACCGGUACCUGACAGACAUCUUCACCACCCUCGUGGACCUAAAGUGGAGAUUCAACCUGCUCAUCUUCGUCAUGGUCUACACGGUGACGUGGCUCUUCUUUGGGAUGAUCUGGUGGCUAAUUGCAUACAUCCGGGGAGAUAUGGACCACGUAGAGGACCCCUCAUGGACUCCCUGCGUCACCAACCUCAAUGGGUUUGUCUCUGCUUUUUUAUUCUCAAUAGAGACAGAGACCACCAUCGGUUAUGGCUACCGGGUCAUCACGGACAAAUGCCCCGAGGGAAUUAUUCUCCUCUUAAUCCAGUCCGUGUUGGGGUCCAUUGUCAAUGCAUUCAUGGUAGGAUGUAUGUUUGUGAAAAUAUCCCAACCCAAGAAGAGGGCAGAGACCCUGGUCUUUUCCACCCACGCAGUGAUCUCCAUGCGGGAUGGGAAACUGUGCCUGAUGUUCCGGGUUGGGGACCUGAGGAAUUCCCACAUCGUGGAGGCUUCCAUCAGAGCCAAGUUGAUCAAAUCCAAACAGACUUCAGAGGGGGAGUUUAUCCCCCUCAACCAGACAGAUAUCAACGUAGGGUACUACACCGGAGAUGACCGUCUCUUUUUAGUGUCACCAUUGAUCAUUAGCCAUGAAAUUAACCAACAGAGUCCCUUCUGGGAGAUCUCCAAAGCCCAGCUACCCAAAGAGGAACUGGAGAUUGUGGUCAUCCUGGAGGGAAUGGUGGAAGCCACAGGAAUGACGUGCCAAGCCCGGAGCUCCUACAUCACCAGUGAGAUCCUGUGGGGUUACCGCUUCACUCCGGUCCUGACACUGGAAGACGGGUUCUACGAAGUCGACUACAACAGCUUCCACGAGACCUAUGAGACCAGCACCCCGUCCCUUAGUGCCAAAGAGCUAGCUGAGCUGGCUAACAGGGCAGAGCUGCCCCUGAGUUGGUCUGUGUCCAGCAAACUGAACCAGCACGCGGAACUGGAGACAGAGGAGGAAGAGAAGAACCCGGAAGAGCAGACGGAGAGGAAUGGUGACGUGGCAAACCUAGAGAAUGAAUCCAAAGUGGUGACGCUGGACUCCUAGUGUGGAUUGAGAAGUAUUUCUUCUAAUCACAUCCUCUGAAAGAGAUUACAGAGAAUUGAUAUAUUUUCCUCCUUAACUACUUGGAAGAGUCCACCCAGAAUGAGCCCAUCUGGACCUAGUGCUUUCUGGUUGGAAAGGUCAUGAAUAAUUUACUUAAAGUCCGGGGUGGAGAGAUGACUCCGCGGUUAACAUUGUCUGUUGCUCUUGCAGAGGGGGCCUGGGUUCAGUUCCCAGUGCUUCCGUGGUGGCUCACAACUCACCUGUAACUCCAGUUAAGGACCCGGCACCUUCUUCUGGCUUCCGCUGGCUACUGCAUGUGUGUCGUGCACAUAAACUCGUGCAGGCACUCACGCUCACACACAUGAAUAAAGACGAACAAAACUUUAAAGUCUCUAAUGUAUAAACAGUUUGGACUAUCUAUUUCCUCUAAUGCGAGUUUUGCCAGACUGGAUGUUUCUAGUAAUGAGUCUAACUUCAACAGAGAAGUGUGGGUACAUCCUUUGGAGUCCUUUCCAUGUCCAUAGAGUCUGUGGUCAUGCUCUCUUCCACCCAUGUCUGCAGUGGCUUCCAGUUUGUUCUCUCUCUCUCUCUCUCUCUCUCUCUCUCUCUCUCUCUCUCUCUCUCUCUCUCUCUCUCUCUCUCUGUCUCUCUCUGUCUCUCUCUGUCUCUCUCUCUCUCCCUCCCCCCUCUCUGUCUCUCUGCCUCUCUCUCUGGUUCUCGGUUCUAUUGAUUUUUAUUUUUAAUUGGCAUCCUGUUUUCGGUUUUGUCAGUCUGUGCUGUCAUCUUUAUUUCCUUGCUUGCUUUGGAUUUAAUUCACUCCUCCAACUUAGACGGCUGAUUUCAGAUUUCUUUUCUGCUUGAUGCAUCUGAUGCUAUACAUUUCUCUUCAGGCUCUGUUAUCGAUUCCCGUCUAAAACUGUGAUUUCAUCUUCACUUAGUUCAAAGUAUUACUUUUUAAUUUCUCUUGAGAUUUUUUUUCUUUACUCCAUGUCACUGAGAAUUGUGUUGUUUAAACUUAAAGCGUUUAAAGGUUUCCCAGGCCUCUACCUAUUAUUGAUUUCUAGCUUAACACCACUGUGCUCUGGCAAGGAACACUACAGAAUUUUUAUGGUCUUAGCAUGUUAAGGUGUUGCAAUGGCCCAGAAUGAAACAUCCUCACGGCUGCUCUCUGUGGCCUUGGGAAGAGCCUGCCACCCGUUUUUCCAGCCGGUGUUUGACCCUACAGUCACUACGAUUCUGACAUGAGUUCCCAGUAACAUUCCCAUCAGUCUAAGUCUACGUCACUCUUAAACUCAUGGUCCCUAAUCAGGUCAGCUUUAAACUUUUAACUUUGUAAACUCUUCCCUUGUAAAUUUAACUGCCAAAAAUACUCCUUCCCCAGCCACAUCCCUCCCCCAUCUCCUACCACACUAACCCAGGCCGAAGAGAGGUAGUGAUGAGGUAGGCGAUUGUUAGGUCACUGUGACCGCCACCAAAGUAGAGAAUGCUUCAAGGAAGGUUAGCAUCAUCGGUGUAAAAUAAACACACCGCUGCACACCAAGUAAGAAAAGUCACCCAAGGGAUAGAAGAGAUAGCUCAGCUUUUAGGGACGUUGGCUUCUCUUGCAGAGGACCAGAGUUUGGUUCCAGGCACCUGUGUCAGGAGGCUCACAGCCAUAGGGUAUCCAAUGUACCUGCACACACGUGCACAUUCCAAGGCAAGCAGAUACCCAUAAAUACAGACAAUUUUUUUGAGUAACCCGAUGCCAUUGUGUUCUUGCAAGCUGACUUCAGCACAACGCCAGCUCUGCAUUGCUAGAGACAUGCAUGCAGGGACUUCACCAGGACUAUGCAGCUACGGAGCCAAACACAACAAGGAGAAGCUUAGCACUUACGGGUGCUCAGUAGCCCUACUGCGUUUUAGCUGUAACAUACAUUGGCCGCAUUGCUUCCUUCCGGCCAUGGUUUAGUUAUAUGCCCAAGGCAGAAAGAGGAGAUCCUUUCCACUAUUGGCUAAAAAACAAUGACAUAUAUAUAUGCUUUUCCCACUAAAGGGCCAGAGGCUUGCCUGGCUGAGUAAAAUAGGAAGUUUCUCUAUGAGCUAGGAUAGAAAACAAAUUAUUCUGGGAAAGUCUACUAGUUCAAAAGCCCAUUGUCAGUGCCAACAUCCUUUUAGAGAAUAAGCCUGAGGGUCUAGAGGUGUUUGUGCCCCCAUGGAUCACAAAGCUCUCAACCAAGCAUCACGCAGACCUAUCAAGACAAAGCCAGGGAGCCCAGGAACUGGGUCUUGGAGUUGAGGCGUCAUGAGGUCCCAACUGGAACCCGUUUCUAAAGAACACAAAAGGGCUGGGGCUGUGACUCGGCAGUUAAGAACGGCGGCUGCUCUUCCAGGGGAUUCAAGUUUGGUGCCCAGCACCAGAUAGGGCAGCGGCUCACAACUGCCUGUCACUCCAGCUCCAGGGGGACUAGCACCCUCUUCUGACAUUCUCAGGCACCCACACACGAAAGAGUGGCAUAAACUCACACGGACAUGCACACGUACGCACAAAUCUAAAUUAAGCUGUAAAAUAUGUUAAGCAAGCAUAGCCAACUGCCCCCCCAAAAGAAAACAGAAACACACAUAUUCGUCAACUCUGUCCCCAGCAAUUUUCCUAAGAACCUGAGCCUUUAACAAAAUGCUUACGUCCUACGGAGAAAGAAGGUUUUCAUUUUCAGGUGUACGGCAGUCCUCAAGGCUGAGAGCAUGCCUAAGUGUAUUUCUGUUCUAAAAGACCCAGAAGCUAACUAAAGAUAGACAAGGACAAGGCUCUUGGCAAGGAGUUCUGGUCACGGAUACUUGGUAGGUGCUGUGCAGUGAGCAACAUCUUAAGCAAGGCACCCUGGAGAUGCUGACACGUCCUCCAUUGUCCCCAACAAGCUAUCACCCCAGGGCCACCAGCUCUUACUGUGUGACCACACAAGCCCCUGGGAGCAAAUACUGACACACACACACACACACACACACACACACCCAUAUAACACAUGCAGAAAGUGAGUCUUAGCUUCAGGGAUAAAGAUACUUAAUCCAGAGGGGCAGCUAGGACGCAUUGAUGGGAAUUUAAAGAUAGCAAGCCAGCCUCUCUGUGGACAGUAAAAGCAAUAUUAUCAAGUGGCAGGAAGGGGCAUAUCUUGACAUUCCUGGAGGCCUUGGUGUGCUUUGGAAGCAAGAGAUCCAGGGGAGAGGCGUGUCAUAGUGAGGGGCCAGAUCGUGCCUAGGCUGGCCUACACAGGGUAGAUGACUCCCCGGGGGAUUUGAUGAAAAUAUCGUGAAAACUGGUGCUAAAUAGUAGGCAGCUCUGAAGUGGAGAUGGAGGGCUGCAGGGGGCUUACUUAAUAAAGCCAUCACAGAGUAAAAUGGCUCCUAACGCUUCACAGUUGAACCAAAGGUCAGUUUCCACUGAACCAAAAGCAGGAUGUCCUUGACGCAACCGUCGAGCGCUCCCAAAUAAUUAAGUGAAUCUGUUGGGGGAGGGGAGAUAGAGAAAGGUAGGAUUUCAGUGGAUGUAACAGGGAAUCAUAAGCCCAGCAAAAUCACAUUCAGAGAACACUGAAGCAGUCCCUGUAGCUUUCUUUAAGAAAACAAAAAAAAAAAAAAAAAAAAAAAACACACAAUGAUCUUUCAGAGAGGCACAGGAGAACGCGGGGAGAACAGCCUUCCCAAAAGAGAUCUCCGUGAAGGAUUCAGCUUUCCCUUGCAGUAAAGUAGCCGAUAUCUGCCUCCGAGGUCAUUGUUGCCAGCCUCCUGCCAAGCCUACGAAAAGGGGAAGCCAGGCAGACCUGGGGCCCUGGUUUGGCUCCUGACCCACACUUCCAUCCCUUGGUAAACUCCCUUUACUCAGCUCCAAGUUAAGUCUGUGCACGGACAACCAGGCGAAAGCAUGCUAAACGCGAACGCGAAAGCACAAAUUAUGUAUUGAGAAAUCUCUACAAUGCCAAAUUUUUUUUAGAAUAAAUAAAUUAUAAUAUAUAUAUUUAAGAACUCCUGUGUUAGGAAAACUGUUUACAUACUGAGGCGUUCCUCUUUUUUUCUUGACUGGAACAAUAAAAGAAUAAUUUGA